CUACCACUCCUCUGAGGGGACAAAUAGGGAUGAGGCACAGAGUUCCUCCGCCACCCUCCCCCACUGCGGAGAAAGUUUGAGCUGGGAGAGUGCACCCCAUUUUCCCUCUCCUCCUCUAGAGCCUAACAUGGGUUCUCCAAGCCUUCUGCCUACCAGGGGAGGCUGCCUAAACAGGCCUGAGGUGUAGAAACAGUCCUACCCUGCUCCUCAAGCACCAUGCCGGUCAGGACUGGAGCCAAGGCACCAAAUCCCAAAUACCUAGAGCCCCAGUUGCCCUUCGCCGGGUCCUGCAGAAAGGAAGUGGGGAUCCUGGACUUCGGUCCCAGACCGUGGGGAUCGGGAUGGUUUCCGUGCGGAUCCGAGACGCCAAGGAAGAAGACUGUGGAAACAUUCUGAAGAUGAUUCGGGAACUAGCCGAGUUUGAGAAACUCUCGGAUCAGGUGAAGAUCUCUGAAGAAGCCUUGAGGGCAGAUGGCUUUGGAGAGAAUCCUUUCUAUUACUGUUUGGUAGCAGAGAGUCUGCCCAGCCCCGGGGAGCCACAGGGCCCUUGUCUGGUGGGCUAUGGGCUAUACUACUUCAUCUACAGCACAUGGAAGGGACGCAGCAUUUAUCUGGAAGACAUCUAUGUUAAGCCGGAAUACCGGGGUCAGGGGAUUGGUUCCAAAAUAAUCAAAAAGGUAGCUGAGGUGGCCUUGGAUAAAGGCUGCUCCCAGUUCCGCCUGUCAGUCUUGGACUGGAACAAGGGGGCCAUGGACUUGUACAAGGUCCUAGGAGCCCAAGAUCUGACCGAAGCAGAGGGCUGGCACUCCUUUUGCUUCGAAGGAGAGGUGAUGAAGAAGUUGGCAGGGGAAAGGAAGGAGAAUGAGAAGAAGAGAAACAUGGCUGGUGUGGAUGGGUGGUUGUCUCUCACACACUCCUUACUGGGGACCUGGCCUGCAACCCAGGCAUGUGCCCAAGACUGGGAAUCGAACUGGCGACCCUUUGCUUCGCAGGCCAGUACUGGGCCACACCAGGCAGGGUAGCACUUUGGAACGUCUGGAUUUUGUGCAAUGCCCGUGUAUUACUUUGAAAAAAAUGAAUACUGUAAAUAAAAGCUUAAACAUUAAUGCAGAAGAAAAGGGUCUAAACUAGGAAACUUCCAAAUUUUGCCCUCAUCUUGUUUUGUCUUCUCUUUUUAGAGUUUUGAGACUUAUGUC